AUGAAUGGGCCGCGUCCCUCAACUCGCGCAUUCCUGUGCGAUCUGCCGCAAUUACCUGCAGAUUCGAAGAUUCGAUUUCUGGGAUGUGUCAGCCAAUAUAAUGUCGCUGUGGGUCAUUUGAUUCUAGAGCACAAUUAUCCACGCAGCAAGACCGGGCCCAACACUGUUUCUGUGGAUAUCAAUGCUGUUCUGGAGAGUUUGACAGCGGAGGAUCUGCGCGUCGGAACCUGGCUGAAUGUACUAGGUUAUGUCCGAGAUUCUUCCUGUCCACCAGAAGCGUCCUUUUCUUCCAGUGAACAUGACUCGCAAUUCUCAAACAGCGAAUAUGCCACUGUUACUAUUCCCGUGAAAGUCCCGGCUCGACCGGUUAUUGUGGAGGCCCUUAUGGUUUUCCCCGCAGGUGCGAUUGCAUUGGGUGAAUACGAGCGCAUCCUUCGAAAUGUUCAAGGUGUCGAAAGUCGAAUUCAUUAUUCACAAUGA